UCUUAUUCGUGUCUCGGUCAUUACAAAAGAAUAUACAUGUUUGACGAUCACCAUUAUAAAUUUAAUGAAACUCUUUUGAGGUCUCUUGGUUUAUGGCCUAUUGGAAGAACCAAGUGUGAGAGUUUUCGUGCAAUAUGCUUUUACAUGUUACUCAUUUCUCGCGUGAUUGCAGAGUUCGCGCAAUUUAUUAUAGCUGACAUUAGUAUAAAUAUCGCUAUCGGGAUUUUAUUGGAUUCUCUUUCGGCUUUUUUGUAUCUUGUAAUCUUUAACAUGUUUUUCUUCAAUCCUAAGGAACUCAAACAAAUGCUGGAAGAAAUUGUUAAUAAUCGGCAAAAGUUGACAGACUCACGAGAAAUUAAAAUACUAGAAUAUUACUCUCAUCAAGGAGAAAAAUUUAUAGUUGCUAUACUAUGGCUGCAAAUGUUCAUAUUAUUUACAUUCAUAAUAAUGGGACUGCUACCAGAUAUUUUCGAUUUUCUUCGACCAUUGAACGAAUCACGUACACAUUCUUUAUUUUUCAUGAAGGAAUAUCGAAUAAAUGUCGGAAUACAGUAUUACUUUUUUCUCUCAUAUUCUGUUAUUAGUAUUGCUAUUGGCACUUCUGCGGUAAUAUUCAUUAUUUCGACUUUACUAUCGAUUUGUUUACACUGCUGCGCAAUGUUCAAAAUUUGCUGUUAUCGAAUAAAACAGUUUGCGGAUAAUAAGAUAAUAGCAUGCUCCAACAAGAGAAAUGAAAUCAUCGAAAGAAUAAUUAGAACGGUAGAGCUCCACCGAAAAGCAAAGCAGCUUUCUAAAUUAAUUUUGACAAGUUUUACAAUUUCUUGUCUUAGCACGGUAUUGAUAGGUACGUGUGGCUUUGCUAUGAGUUUAUGCAGAUUGCUGAAUGCAUUAAGCAUGCGUGAUUCCGUUGAACUUGGGACAUCGAUAAGUUAUAUUAUAGGAUAUGAGUUUUGUCUUUCAUCCACAUCUUUUGUGGGACAAUUAAUGAUUAACCAUGCUGACGAAUUAUUUAACACACUAUACAUGUCGCUAUGGUACAAAGCACCUAUAACAAUACAAAAAUCGUUAUUAUUUAUAAUGCAAAUCUCCGCUAAAAACUUAGCGUUGAAGGUCGGCGGUAUAUUUGUUAUAACAAUGGAAACUUUUAACUCGAUUACGAGCACAUCAAUGUCCUUCAUGGCAGUAAUUUACUCCAUACAGUAGUUUCAGCUAAUGCAAAAAGAGUAGCUUCUCGUAGUAAUAAACACAUAUAAAAAGAUUUUCCAUAGCAGAAUAAAAUAAAAAAAUA